AUGUUCCGUGAAAAAGACGUUUCGACUCGACUCAUUCGACCAACAAUCACAGAGAUCCACGUGGAUAAACUGGCACUUUUUGUGGAGAGAUGGAAUCAUGAUUGGGAAAUUGAUGGAAGUAUUCAGAUUUUCGACGAAGGAAUCGCUCAAUACAUGUUGACAGACAUUGAAUCACACUACAAGUACUUUGCUGCUCUCAUCCUUUCGAAACCAAGUUUGAGAUGUCGAAUUGUGAAAGAAGAGCCAAGAGAUGAGUUGGAAGAACAGGAGAAUCGAAUUAUUUUGCUCGGCGGCGAAAAACUGGAUCAUCAAAGCCAUGGAAGUAUCGAAUUUCUGAAAAAUAUUCUUCACAAACGUGGAUAUCGAUUCGAAUAA